AUGGCUCUGUAUGGCCCCUGCCAAUCGUGACUCGACGACGUAACUAUGCUGCAGGAGCACUUAUAAAAAUCAGAUCGUCUCGCGUAUCAAGAAGCCGCCUUUGGUCAUUACUGCGCAAAGACGACAAAGUUGUCUGCUCGCACAUUGGACAGUGGCAACAUGGCACCCUUCAAUCUCCAAACCUGCGCCAGGCCCAAUAUCCUGGCGCUCGAGCCGUACCGUUGCGCGCGAGACGACUACAAAGACGAUGGCAAAAAUAUUCUCCUGGAUGCAAACGAGAACGCCUAUGGGCCCCCGCUGCCCAAGUCUGCCGGUGCCGCAGUGUCAGCCUCUGGCGGCCCCGAGAUAGACCUCCUCGGCCUGCACAGAUACCCAGACCCACACCAGCACGACCUAAAGCAGCUUCUCUGCAACUUGCGAAACACCCACCACCACACCUCCAAGACCAUCACUCCCGAGAACCUGUUCGUCGGCGUCGGCAGCGACGAGGCCAUCGACGCCCUGCUGCGGUGUUUCUGCGUGCCGGGCCAGGACCGCAUCCUCGUCUGCCCGCCCACGUAUGGUAUGUACUCGGUCUCGGCGCAGGUGAAUGACGUCGGCCUAGUCAAGGUGCCGUUGCUUCCCGCGCCGUCAUUUGCGCUUGAUGUGGAGAAAAUCAACGCGACGCUGUCGAGUGAGCAGGGCAUCAAGUUGGCGUAUCUGUGCUCGCCGGGCAAUCCUACGGGGUCGCUGCUGGCGAAGGAGGAUGUGCAGAGGAUCCUGGAACACCCUACGUGGAACGGCAUCGUUGUGCUGGAUGAGGCGUACAUCGACUUCUCCAGGGAUGGCUCGUCGUUGGCGGAAUGGGUGGCCGAGUGGCCGAAUCUUGUCGUCAUGCAGACGCUGUCGAAGGCAUUUGGUAUGGCGGGCAUCAGAUUAGGUGCCGCAUUUACGUCGCCGCCUAUUGCGCAGCUGCUCAAUAGUCUGAAGGCACCGUACAAUGUCUCUAGUCCUACGAGUGCGUUGGCCGCGUACGCAAUUUCGGCAGAUGGUCUGUCAGCCAUGAGAGCCAACCGCCAGAAGAUCGUGACGCAACGGGAGCGGUUGCUGAAGGAAUUGGCGAGGAUCGAGGGAGUGGGGAGAUUAAGAGGUGGCACAGAGAGCAAUUUCCUGCUCUUCGAGAUGUUGAACUCGAAGGGGCAGCCCGAUAAUGUCACGGCGCUAUCGGUAUACGAGACGUUGGCGGAGAGCCAGGGCGUGGUGGUGCGAUUCAGGGGCAAAGAGCAUUGCUGUCUUGGUUGUCUGAGAAUCACGGUCGGUACGGAACAGGAAGUCACAAGAUUCCUGAGUGCACUGGAGAAGUCUCUCUCUGAAGUUCGCAGUGCAAAGGGGUCCUUGCCGGUGGAUGAAGCAGCUAAGGAGGUACAGGCGAGUGGAGUUGUGGCCUAGAUAUUCGCACAUGGUGUCUGUUGGCGGAAUAUAAUGUACACACAGCGCUAUGUAUCACGCCAAAGACUCGUCCCGUGGCGUCUCGCCAGCUAAUAAGGCCGUCUCCACUAUAUUGCC